AUGGAUAAAGUCACCCUUACAUUAAAAAAAAUAGUUCGAAAAUGGACUACAAGAGAUGGUUUAAUUGGUGAUUAUGAUUAUAAAUAUUUAUUUACACCAGAUAUACCAUUUUUAACAAAAGAACCAAAAAUUCAACCGUUUUUUGGUUUAGAUUCAGAUAUGCCAAUUAUAUUAGGUGCAAUUUUGGGUUUUCAACAUUCUUUAGCAAUGAUUGGUGGGUUAGUUGUUGUACCUAUAUUAAUUAGUGUUUCAGCAAAUUUACCACCUUCGACUCAACAAUAUUUAGUAAGUACUUGUUUAAUUGUUUCUGGAAUAUUAUCAAUGAUUCAAAUUACAAGAUUUCAUAUUUGGAAAACUCCUUAUUAUUUAGGUACUGGAUUAUUAUCAGUUGUUGGACCAAGUUUUGCUACUUUACCAGUUACUUCAAAUGCAUUUCCUUUAAUGUAUGCAGAUGGUACUUGUCCAGUUGCAGAAGAUGGUACUAAAUUACCUUGUCCAGAUGGAUAUGGUAGAAUAUUAGCUAGUGGUAUUGUAUGUGGAUUAUUAGAAAUGGCUCUUAGUUUUUUACCUCCAAAAGUUUUACAAAAAAUUUUCCCACCAUUAGUUACUGGACCAGUUGUUAUGUUAAUCGGUAUUCAUUUAGUUGAAACUGGAUUUGAAGAUUGGGUUGGAGGUUCUGGAUGUGUUGGAGAAAUUUGUCAUGUUGGUAAAUUUAAUUUACCUUGGGGUUCAGCAAAUUUCAUUGGUAUUGGAUUUUUAGUUUAUGUUUCAAUAAUAUUAGCUGAAAGAUUUGGUGCACCAAUUAUGAAAAGUUGUGCUCCAAUUUGUGGUUUAUUAGUUGGAUGCAUUGUAGGUAGUUCCGUUGGAUAUUUCGACUCCACCACGAUCAAAUCCGCCAAAGCCGUAAGUUUCAUUUGGGUUGAAACCUUCAGUUUGAAAAUUUAUGCUCCAGCAAUUUUACCAUUUUUAGCUGUGUACAUUGUGCUAAUGAUGGAAGCUAUAGGAGAUAUAACGGCAACUUCAGAUGUUUCUAGAUUGGAAGUUGAAGGAGAACAAUACGAAUCAAGAAUUCAAGGUGGUGUUUUAGCAGACGGUUUAAAUGGUAUACUAGCAGGAUUAAUGACUGUUACUCCUAUGUCAGUUUUCGCUCAAAAUAAUGGUGUUAUAGCUAUUACUAAGUGUGCAAAUAGAACUGUUGGAUAUUGGUGUUGUUUCUUUUUAAUUAUAAUGGGUAUAUUUGCAAAAUUUGCUGCUGCUAUCAUCUCUAUUCCAAAAGCCGUGUUAGGUGGAAUGACUAGUUUCCUUUUCCUGAGUGUUGUUAUCAGUGGUAUUAAGAUUAUUUCAGGUACUGAAUUUUCAAGAAGAGAUAGAUUUGUAUUAACAGCUUCAAUUUUACCAGGUUUAGGUGCAACUUUAGUACCAGAUUGGUUUAGUAAUGUUUUCACUUAUUCAGGUGAUAAUCAUGCUUUAUCAGGAUUUUUUAAUGCAAUUGUUUUAGUUAUGGAAUCAGGUUUUGCAGUUACUGGAUUAUUAGGAGUUAUAUUAAAUUUAAUUUUACCACAAAUUCAUGAUGAUGUUGAAGAAAUCGAGGAAUUAGUUUUGGAAACUGUUGGCUCAACUGAUGAACAUGCUAGAGAACAAUAUGCUAGAAAGGAAGGUAUUUCUGUUGAUCAAUUAAAGUCACAAUUAUCAAAUAAUCAUGGUGUUACAAGUGUAAGAUCAUCCGAUGGUAUUCCAGACUUACCAUAUGAAAAAUAG